ACACUGCCAACAGUAUGCCUAACCUUAAAUUAAGACAAAAAUAAAAAAUGUGUUUUCAUGAAUUUUUACCAUAGCCAAUUUUGACAUUGUGGCUGUGGUAACUAGUCAAAACCCUAAAUCAUAUGGGAAAGGGAACGCUAUCAAGUUUGUUCUCCUUCAAAGCAGUGAAGCUGGCCUGCUUGGUGAUGGUGGGGUUGUGAGGACCUGGACUACAAGGAAGGCACAGAGGACAGGCUGGGAAGCACAGAAACAACCAUCAUGCUCAGGAACUGCACUGUCAGCGUUAAGGACAUUACUGCAAGGCUGUUAAGUGCUCACUGACUAGCUGACCUCUUAUAGUGAGUGCCCUUAUCCCCCUACUUUUCAACUUCCCUUCAUAGGAGGGUACGAGUCGACACACUAACAAAUGCAGUAAGAGUAAAAUCAUUUUUACCCACAAACAGACACUCUUGAAUUGCAAACCAUGGUGGAUAACCGCUACGCUACAGCCCUGGUCAUUGGCUCUGUUCUGAGUCUGCUGGCCACAGUCUAUCUCUCCGUUGCCGUGGGAACACAGCACUGGUACCAGUACCGAAGUCCGCCCGGCAACCAUGAGGCCAGCAACGCGUCGGAGCUGCGCGAGGACUUCAUCAACGGGGAGUUUGAUGAAAAGGCUUACAGCGACACUCUGUUCCGCCUCAACGGCACACUGGGGCUGUGGUGGCGGUGUGUGCAGGCGCCAGGCCAGUCACACUGGUUCAAAGAGCCUGAUCCUAAGAUGGUGACACAGUGUGUGAGCUUCACCCUGCCUCAGCAGUUUUUACCCAAGUACAAAGAACCAGGGAAUCACAACACUGGGGAGGACCUGCUUCGGACAUACCUGUGGAGGUGCCAGUUCCUGUUGCCUCUGGUGUCCCUAGCCUUUGUGUUCCUCAGCGGACUCGUCGGCGUUUGCGCCUGCCUCUGCCGCAGCAUCACCCCCACCCUGGCCGUUGGAGUGCUCCACCUGCUGGCAGGUCUGUGUUCCCUAGGCACAGUGUGCUGCUUCCUGGCUGGCAUGGACCUGCUCCACAGGGUCUCUGUGCCUCCCGACAGUGUGGACGGCUCCCUGGGCUGGUCCCUGUACCUGGCCCUCAUCUCCUCGCCGCUGCAGAUGAUGGCGGCCGCCCUCUUCCUGUGGGCCGCCCGGAGCCACCGCCAGAACUACACCCGCAUGACGGCCUACCGGGUGGCUUAAAGAGACUGGGUUUCUUUUAUACAUCAGGGUUGCAUUCAGUAAGAGCGUAACGUUUUGAAAUGGAAGAUGUGAAGUUGUAGAGUGUUGCCAGUAACAUGCAGACUCCAAUUUGUAGAAGGUGAGAUUGUUUCUAUGAAAUGGCCAAGUUUCUAAACAUUUUACGACCUGCAUGUUUUACUGAAUGUGACCCUAAACUAAUCCUAAAUGGCAGUCUACUCCUGAGGGGUAUCCUACGAAGCAGGUUUGAGUAAUUAGCCAGGUGACUUUGGUCAACUCGGAGUUCAAUUCGGGGCACCAGUCAUACGAAAGUGACUCACCUUUUAGCCAAGUACAUUUCUAUGGCAACAAACCCAUCAGAACUCCGGGCCGGGCUAACUCGCAGCUAACUCCACUUACCCUGAAUAAAAUGACAGAGCCGUGAGUUGAGGACCAAUGAAAUCCGAUACCUCUCGAUCAAAGAUUGCGUCGUCAUCCCUUUCAUUUGAGGAAGACGAAUGAUUCGAUAUUAAAAAAAAUUAAAAAUAUUUUAAUUGAAUCAAAUGGUUUGUUUGUGUAAAAAAAAAAAUGUAUUUACACAUUUAGUAAUGACAGAAAGCAUUUUAAACUUCACUCAAUGUAACACUUUUGUAUAACUUAAAUAAAUAUUGAUAGGAGUGGGUAGAAAGUGCUUGUGCACACCAAAGUCAGCAUUCAUGAGAAGUAAUAAAAUAAAGACGGUUAGUUCAUUUUGGAAAAAUGGUUUGAGUAGUUUUAGCUUGCUUCCUAGGAUACUCCUCUGCUCUUGAACGGCCUGUGUGUUCGCGUCUGUAUUAGCCCAGCACCGAAGCUGUUAAACGUCCUGUUGGUAAGUAGAAUCUGGGUCACGUUCAGAGGGGUGCAACGUACUGAAACAUUGCAAAUAGAAAUGUGAUAAUUAGAGCUGACAUUUCUUACUCGUCAUGUUAGAGUAUCUGAAGGCUCCACAACGUUGUGCCCUACUGAACACAACUCGAGUGAUUUAGGUGCUGGGCUGGGACAAAAGUCUGCACUCCGUGGCCUCGCCAGGACGAGACAUGAAGAGCACAGGGUGGCCCAAUGAUUCACUCUGUAACAACUACGCCUUUACAGUGUCGUCAUGACAAUCUUCCCCAUUACUACACCUGAUUGGCAGAUUUUAGGGUGACUAAACCUUCGACACCUUAACUACACCCCACAGGGUGGCGCAAAGAAUCUCUCCACCUUAAGCACAACUGUUCGACAGCUCACACUAGCCAACGUAACCUCAAACGAGACUUCGCCUGUACAAACAUAUCCUAAGAGCGUCUCACUGUCGUAGAGGCAAGUGUUUGAUUUGAUUUUCAGAUGAAUUUGUCCCCAGCAGCACGUACUGUAUGUGUAUAAUGUUUAACAACACCUGUGGUUGAUUGUGAGAAGGUGAGGUACGUUUGUUUUUCUUAAACUGUUUUGUUGGUGAAUCUUUAGCGAUGCUUUUUUUUCUUCAAGUUAACGAUUGGAGUCAUAUUUUGCCUUUGUUGCCAUCUCUACCAUUUAUGAAUGAACGCUUUUUGCAAGCCUUUUUUUUCUAGGUUUUCCUAAACGGUUCGUUUUUUGUUGUUGCUUUUUGAAGUUUUGUAUUAUGUUAUCUACAGAGCGUUGUAGUGACUUUUGACCCCGUUUGCCUACAUUUCCCUUUUUUAUUUCAGCUGAUGAGAAUGUUCAGUUGAAUUUUGUGUCAUAUGUCGAUUUGGAAUGUAACCACUUUGCCAUUGUCAUCCAUAUUUAUUGACAUUUAUUUGAAUGUAAAGACAUGUUAUCCCGGGUUGUUUUGACACCGCUAUAGCUAACCUGUGUUUUGAUCUUCCUCUUGAUGUCCAUGAUAUUGUUUUGGUUAUGUUGAAGUAAAUGCAGUUGCAAUACUUAGCUUUUCUGAAGCCUACUUGAAACUACCAAUGACAAGACAACGGGCACUAACUCCAAGUACACUUGGUAAAUGAGCACUCGACAGAUAUUGUUUACUGGGACACCGUUUUAUGAAGGGUGUCUAAAUGUGUCGAGACAACUUGUGGCUUUUGUAAGUGUUUUUAUGUGACUAUACCUAAAGCGUACCUGUUUCCAUAAGAAUAAAGUUCAGCUCUGCUGA